AUGUUCGGCCGCACGUCGCCGGUGCUCGACGUCGACGACCCACACCUCGAGGUGACGGUUACGCCGGCCCAGAGCGCAUUCUACGCCGGCGAGCUCUUCAGCGCCGUCAUCACGCUCCGAAAUACGCGCACGCCCUCGCUCGCAUUGGGGAAGGGGAUGAGUCCGCAGGAAAUCGUUUGGGCCCUCGGCGAAGAAAAGUCACCAACGCCGCAUAUUGGACCCCCGCCGUUGCCGACUCGGCGCGCGGCCGCUAUCCCGUCAGCGCAUCCACACUCGCGCAAGAUAUCCAUCGCGAGCACUUCCGGUUUCACUCCACCCCCCAUCCCGCCCAUAUCUCUCCCCGAAGAAUCACCCACCUCCGAUGAUGAGUUUCCCUCCCGACCGUCGAGCCGAGCAACGCCGCGCGCCUCGCCCCUCCUACCCGACGUGACCGAAGAGCAGUCGCCGCCCGGAACCCGCCGCUCCUCAGGCUCGGCGCGUACACCAUCCCCCAUCUCCCCCCCUAUACGACCCUUCUCCUCCCCUCUCUCCGCGUCGCCCGACUCGCCGGCACGCUCACCGAAGCGCCCGUCCCACCGCCGCGCGCCGUCCUACCAGAACAGCUACGGCGCGUCGCUCCUCACACCCCCGCCAUCGCACCCCGUGCGUCGAACUGCCAUCCAGACGGGCGUUACCACUGUAUUGUGGGGACAUACGCGGCUUGUGGCCCGCUUCGCACCGAGUAACACGUACAUCCCUCCAGAUCCGUUGUUGCCCCUCCGCGCGAGGCUGCUGCACCAGCCGAUUGGGAGUGGGAGCCUCGGGACGCAGGCGCCCGACAAACCGAGCCGCUGGGCGAUUAGCUUCGGCACAGGUACGAUUGGCGAGAGCACCCAACCCAGCCUUACAGGCAGUUUAUUCGGGCUGGCCAAGGGCCUGGUGUAUGGCGGCACAGGUGGGAGUUUGGAGGAGGAGCGGAAGCGCGUGUGGACGACGCAGGACCUACCGGUACUCGAGACGACGCGCAGCCUCAUGGGGGUAGAUAUCAAGUUGCAAGAGGGCGAGACGCGGGAAUUCGUGUAUACUCUGCAACUACCGGCGACGUUGCCACCCGCGUUCAAGGGUCGCGCGCUGCGAUUCUCAUACGAACUAGUCCUGAGCCUCAAUGUCGCCCUGCCCGGCGGCGGUAAGCGGCAACGCACAAGAGAAAUCAUCGUGCCGGUCCGCGUGUGGCCAAACGUCUCGCUGCAUCAAAUGCUACGGACGUAUGAUGUGCUGCAGCCUGUGAUCCAGACAGCCGAGACGGGCUCGGUGGAGGAGCGGAACACGGUCCCAGCGGCUCCGCGGCGACCACAACACAUGAUCGAGCCGCCGCAGAGUAUCGACAGUCUGGCAACGUACGCCCGAAGGCUCAUCGACAGCGCGGACACGAACCGCGCCCCGCCAUCGCCCUCGAAGAGUUUACGGCCGCUGAGUCCGCCUCGCGGCCGGAACAGCUUUCUGCUCGAGCCUCGCCCGCGAUCUCUCAGUACAGCCACGGCGCCAGGCGACGACGAGCUGGUGGAGGAGGAGCAGCGGUGCGGGGAAGCGGUGGAGAUUCUCUCGCGCCACUCGCCGAAAGCCUCUUACGACAUUAGGCAGGAUGGCGAGGUAGUCGCGGUGCUUACCCUGGUCAAGACGACGUACCGGCUCGGCGAGACGGUAACUGGGGUGGUGACGUUGAACGCGCGACCCGACCGACGCGUUCUCAAAUUCAGCGCCUACCUCGAAACGCACGAGGUGAUACCCGAGCCGCUCCUUCCUCCUGGGGGACGACGGCCCGAACUGCGCCGCCUACAUGCUGAGCAGCGCACCUCAUAUGCGCAGUUCACGGCGCGUACGGCUUUCAGUCUGGACAUUCCGUCGGAUGCCACGCCGGCGUUCUCGCUCUCUGCUGGCGAUGGAGGGCGUGGCGGGCUUGAAUGGCGAGUGCGGCUUGCUUUUCUCGUCGCCUUGCCGCGCCGGAGCACUAGGAGCGAAGAAACCGAGUCCGAGUGUCUCCACCUCGUCCCGGUUGAGGCGGACGGUGAUAAUGCGCCAUACACUGCCUCGCCGCGCCUCGUACCGUUCAUUGCGACCGGGGAGGGAUGGGCCGAGGCGAGGGCUGAGACGGUCGAGUGCGAGGUGCCCGUACAGGUGCUGGCUGGGAAUACGGCGUUUGUGGUCCGCCCAAGCGUGUUUACGGUGUAG